AUGGUAGACGAAACAGUCUGCAAUGCUACCACUUGCACGAAAUCUAUAAGCAGAUGUUUCGUAUGUGGUGCAACGGCUAAGAAAUUGAACCAAUCGGAUUUAAAAAAAAAAGAUUUCAAAAACUUAAAGUUAAAGCCUCAAAACUGUGGUCUAAUAGUAUGCAUUGGUGAUCGUUACAAUUUUGAAGAAAGCUUAAAACAAACAGAAAGAUAUAGAGGAUCGACAAAUUGUCAUUUUGAAACAUACGAAAUACGAGACGAACUUGAUAUACCUGACUGGAAGAAAUUUAUAACAAAUCUUUGGAAUAAAAAGAACCUCUUGGCAUAUUUAGCACAAAAACUAAUGAAAGAACAUUAUGUUAUACCUGAUCAAAUUGAAAUUGUAUUGGCAGGAAUGUCAGAAGAUAAUCAAACAACAAUAAAAUGCACAAAAAUGGAGUCGACAGUGGUAGAUGAGUUACAGUUUACUGGUCAUAAAAAAGCUGAUACAAGAAUAUUUGCAAUUAAUAAUUUUUUUAAAGACACGUUUAAUGUAUUUGUUAUUUACUCGUUGGACACAGAUGUUUUUGUUUUAUCAAUGUGUUUCUCGGUUACCUUAGAUGUCGAAAUUUGGAUAGAAAGAGAAAAUAAAUUUAUCCCGUGCUUCUCAAUCAUUAAAGAAGUAACAAACUUGAAGCACUUAGAUGUUAAAGUAUUAGUAGACAAUUUGUUAUCAAUAUAUUGUUUAUCUGGAUGUGAUUCUGUUAGCUUUCCGUUUAAAAAAGGCAAAAAAAGCCCUAAAAAUAGUAUUGUCUCAAGAACCAAAUGA